GUUUCAACAGUCGAUAUGAAAGCUUAUAGUGCACCAGGGAAAGCCCUCCUAGCUGGAGGAUACCUCGUUUUGGAUCCACAGUAUCCAUCAUAUGUGACCGCAUUGUCGUCUAGAAUGCAUGCUGUUAUUUCAGAAGAAGAAUCAAACACUGGUGAUAAUAACUCUACAAUUUCCAUAUUUUCACCUCAAUUUGAAGGUGAAUGGGAAUACACAUUCCCAGACAAGGUAUACACCAAAGACUUGAAAGAGAAAAAGAAUCGUAGAAACCCAUUUGUUGAAGCUACUAUCUCUACAGUAUUGGCGUAUAUUCAACCUCAAGAUUCAUUUAAUAUUGUAAUUAGAAUUUUUUCUGAUCCAGGGUAUCAUUCAAAAUCAGGUGCAAUUCCAAAAGUCUCUAGCAAUAACCAAAAGGAAUUUCUAUUCCAUGGGAAACCAAUUGAUCAAGUUGCCAAAACUGGUUUGGGUUCCUCAGCUGGAUUGGUGUCUGUAAUUUCAACAGCACUUCUUAGUCAUUUCAAGAAAGGUCAAGAUAUUCAAUCAUUGAAGAAUAUUAUUCACAAUACCGCACAGAUCGCUCAUUGUUAUGCACAAAAGAAAAUUGGAUCAGGUUUUGAUGUAGCAGCAGCCAUUUUUGGAUCCAUUAUAUACCGUAGAUUUGAUCCAAAAGACAUUGAUUCAUUAUUUGCAGACGAAUCAUAUCUUACUGGUGAAUCCGAUCACGUUAAACUCAGAACUUUGAUUGACUCUGAAUGGGAUUUCACUGCCAAACCGGUAGCAUUACCACCAAAAAUCAGAUUAUUAAUGGGGGAUAUUGAAGGUGGUUCUGAAACUCCAAAACUUGUUUCUAAGGUUCAUGCCUGGAAAAAAGAAAAUGUUGUAGAAAGUACUAAACUCUACACUGACUUAAACAAUGCUAAUAAGUCACUUAUAGAUUCCUUACAAAAAGCUCAAUUGGCAUAUACAUCUGAUCCUAACAGUUAUGACACAUACUUGACGGGUCUUACUGAUGAUAAAGUCACCAAGGAUGGUCCAUUCCAACCAAUGAUUCAAUCUAUUGGUGAUAUACGAGUUAAUCUUCGUAAAUUAACAAAAUUUUCUGGUGCCGAUGUUGAGCCAGAAUCACAAACUAAACUUCUUGACAAUUGUGAUCAAUUACCAGGUGUUUUAGGUGGAGUUGUUCCAGGUGCAGGUGGGUUCGAUGCAAUUUGUUUGUUGGUAACUGAGGAUAGUGUUGCAAAGGUUAUUCAGAAUACUACUGGUGAAUUCAGUAGUGUUUCAUGGUUGGAUCUACGUGAAGAAUCUGAAGGCAUUGUUGCAGAAAACCCUAAUGAUUACGAUGGAUUAUAA